GCAUUUAAGCAUGGCCACAGGGGAAUUAAUGGAUACAAAGGAAAAUGGCGGGAACACUUGGCGCCAUCAGUUCGUGGAGACCGAAAAUCAUGGCUUUAUUUCUAUAUAUAACAAUAUAAUCGCUAGCCUUUAGAAAUGUUAGUCUUCAAAUCCAUUUGUUGGAAUCAUUCGUCUGUUUUGUUUUCGUUCUCAAGGUCUCUCACGAUGGUCCAAACAGAGCAGCUUAACAACAGCCCUGAAAUCAAAGAGCCAUCCCCCAAAGUCCCAAAACUUAGCCAAAAUGGAGUACAUGAAGUUGCUCAAGGUCCAAUCUCACUUUUGAGAGUCAAAAAGCUCUCUGAAAAAGCUGUGUUGCCGUCAAGAGGCUCUCCUCUCGCUGCUGGGUACGAUCUGUCAAGCGCAACCGAUACCAAAGUGCCAGCCAGGGGAAAAGCUCUGAUUCCUACUGAUCUAAGCAUUGCAAUAUCUGAAGGAACCUAUGGUCGAGUUGCGCCGAGGUCUGGUUUGGCUUGGAAGCAUUCGAUUGACGUGGGUGCUGGUGUAAUCGAUGCAGAUUACAGGGGGCCUCUUGGGGUUAUUUUGUUCAACCAUUCGGAUGUUGACUUUGAAGUGAAAUCGGGUGACAGGAUUGCGCAGUUGAUUAUUGAGAAGAUACUGACACCUGAUGUUUUGGAAGUUGAGGAUUUGGAUUCCACUACCAGAGGGGCUGGGGGAUUUGGAUCCACUGGGGUUUAAAUUUCUGGGUUUUCCUUU